GACUGAGAGGGCCAUUUUGAUGUGUCUUGAGAGCUUGGAUAACAGUGACUGAGGGAGAGGUUUCAGAAUCAAAUAAAUAUAUACCCAUUCCUUUUAUUUUUAGUUUGUGUGUGUGUGUGUUGCAGUUAUUGCUGUAUAUGAGGGACCUGGACACACUGUUCUGUGGCACCACCAGCAGCAGCCUGCACAUCCAUGGCCUGCAGGAGGACAAGGGGACGUAUAUGUGCUGGGCGGAGAACAGGGAGGAUUCGCUCGACGCCGUGGCCCACAUACAGGUCCAAGUUGCUCCGAGGUUUCUGAGGCAGCCGGCCAACGCUCUCACCUAUGAGAAGGAGAACGUGGAGCUGGAGUGCAGCGUGUACGGCCAGCCAGAGCCCUCGCUCCACUGGCUCAAGAACGGCGAGCUGCUGGUGGAGACGGACUUUUGUGAUGGUGUGGACAUUUAUCACUUACAGGUUAAAAAGGACAGAGAUAUGUAGAUUCAUAAGAUAGAUAGAUUGAUGGAUACAUACAUACAUACAUACAUGCAUACAUACAUACAUACAUACAUGCAUACAUACAUA